AUGACGGGCACGAACCAGCACAUGACGAAGCUGGAGGAUAUUGCGACCAAUAUCGACGGUACUACGCAGACCUCCUUCUCGUGGACAUGCCCAGAGGUCGAACCGUACAGCGCCAUUUACUUCUACCAGUUCACCGACUCUGACGGGGCCAAUCCCACCUGGUGCACUCGCUUCACCAUCGCUUCGGCAGACGGAAGCACCGUUCCGCCUCCUAACGACAAGCAACCCGAGGGAGAUUCCAUUCCGUGGGGAGAGGGAAAGUUGGUCAACGGAGCUUCUAGUCCUGAUUCGUCUGGAGGUAAUGCCAGCGCUGGAGGCAAUUCCAACAGCUCUAGCCAAACUAGAUCGUCUGGCAGCUCUAGCAGCUCUUCCGGUAGCUCCACCACCUCCUCCAGUCGACCCACCAGCAGCUCCGCCAGCAGCAACAGCAACACCAGUGGCAACACUACCAGCAACAGUAACACCAGUGGCGGAUCUAGCGGUGCAUCUUCCAUUCGGCCCAUUGCUUCCUCUGCUGUCGCUCUCGUCAGCGUCCUGAUGGGCGCCGCAAUCUUGCUCUAA